UAACGGGACAAUAAAAAGUUAAAGCCCACUUCGCUUUCUAGUUGUAGCUUCUAGGGCACGGCUAAACAGUGUAAGGCUGUAAAAUUUUCAAAUCGAGCAUCUGGAUCUACCAAUCUCUUUUCUUGUCGAUCUCCUGACCCGUUCUUGUCAUCUCUCAGUAGGUAUUCUACUACAGUUUAGUUGCUGAGGUUGAACCAUGCGAAGAUAUAGUCCACCGUAUCACAGUCCUCCACGGAGAGAUAGAGGACACGGAGGUCGACCAAGAAGCCCUCCCCGAAGGGCAUAUGGUGGUGAGCGAGGGAGGCACAAGGAUCAGAAUCAUGGCAGUCUUUUGGUUCGUAAUAUUCCAUUAAAUUGCAGGCCAGAAGAGCUUCGUGUCCCCUUUGAAAGGUUUGGAGUGGUCAGAGAUGUCUAUCUCCCAAAGAACUAUUACACUGGGGAGCCACGUGGGUUUGCAUUUGUGCAGUUUGUGGAUGCUUAUGAAGCUGGAGAGGCCCAAUAUCAUAUGAAUGGACGAAUGUUUGCUGGUAGAGAGAUUUCUGUUGUUCUUGCUUCCGAAUCAAGAAAAAGACCCGAGGAGAUGCGCCGAAGAACUAGGCCUAGGGAAUCUUCCGGGUAUGAAGGAAGGCGAUCUCAUCAUGGAGGGCGAUCUCGGUCACAUUCGCGGUCCCCACGUCGUCCUUCUGGUUCUAGAAGCCGUCAACGGUCAAGGUCCUACUCGCCUGCUCCGAAAAGACGAGGUGGUGACUACUCAGAAUCACCGCCACCUGUAAGAAGAGAGCCUCAGGUUGAUGAUGAUCGUAGCCGUAGAUCUUAUUCUCCAGGCUAUGAUGAUGCUGCUGCUAAUGAUCAUAAUGUUGAUAGGAGGAGGUCACCCUACAAGUCAUCUGGGAGAGCAGCAAGGUCGCCAUCUGGAUCUAGGUCUAGGUCUAGAUCUAGAUCUGGUGAUGAUAUGUCACCACCACCAAGGACCUGAAGAGUGAAGACCCCUCAUGUUAUGUUAUGGGGGUAUGUUUGGUAUUUGUACAUGUAUGCUUCAUAUUUGCUUACAAUACUUGAAAACCUUGUUGUGUAUCAUUUCUAGACUCUGUUGUGUAUCCACAUGUAUUUCAUGGAUUGUGAAUGCUUGAAAUCUAUGUAUUGUUUAUUACUUGUUA